GGCGCCCGGUCUGCGGCGUUCUGUCAGCGCCAAGCCCAGCGGCCAGUGGAAGUGACUGGUUCCUGCUCGCUAGCGCAGUAGUGCAAGGGAGAAGCAUGGCUGGGCUCCGGUUGGUUGAGUGGAGUUGGGGAGUGAACACCUGAAGAUAGAGUUGGUGAGAGGAGAGAGUGAGAGAGGGAGAGUGAAGAGUGGAGGAUACGGGAGAGGAGAGGGAGAGUUGAGGUCAGUAAGUGUGAUUGGCUGCGACAGAGUGACGUCAUCAUGCCGGCUGUGACGUCAGAGGCCAGCAGCUGUCCUGUAUGUGGCGUCGCCUCCAGCCUGGCCUGUGCUGCGUGCAGACAGGUGCACUACUGUAGUCGACCACAUCAGAAAGAGCACUGGAAAAUGCACAAGACCUCCUGUCGGCCGUGGACGGUCAAACAGACCGACGAACUGGGACGGUACAUGGUGGCCACCAGAGCCAUCCAGCCUGGUGAAGUCAUUCUGCGAGAGGCACCUCUGGUGGUGGGGCCCAAACAGGCCACGGGCCCCGUCUGCCUGGGCUGUCACCGGCCGUUGACCUUUGACCUUGACCGAGGUCAGCUGACGCCGCCGGCAAUCAGCUGUCCCGGCUGCCGAUGGAGUCUGUGUCGGCCAGACUGCGACAGGUGGCACAGUAAGGCCGAGUGUCGCCUCUGGUCACGUGUCUCCAGACCGGCUGACCUGCGGCCGGGCGCCUCCGGAGCCGCCCCUGCGUACGGCUGUGUGACCCCAGUGAGGUGUCUGCUGCUCAGGGACCAUCCCGAGGCGUGGUCGUCUCUGACGUCACUGGAGCACCACCUGGACCGGCGGCGACAAACGGCGCUGUAUCGUCUGAACGCCGCUCAGCUGGCCGGCUAUUUAACUGCCGCGCUGCCAGCUGAUUGUGACGUCACGGAGAACCUGGUACUGGAAAUGUGUGGUGUGCUUGACACCAACUCGUUUGAGGUGAGGACGGCCGAGAGUAAGGUACGGGCGAUAUACGCGUCUGCCUCGCUGCAGAACCACGACUGUCGGCCUAACACGAGGCACGUGUUCGACAGUGAUUACGUCAUCACUGUGCGCGCCACGGUGCCCAUCGCGGCCGGUGACGUCAUCAGCACGUCAUACACCCAGCCGCUGUGGAACACGGCCGCCAGGCAGCAGCACCUGCAGUUCAGUAAAUGUUUCACCUGCCACUGUGAACGAUGUCAGGACCCGACUGAGCUCGGUACCCGCCUGGGGUCAUUGACCUGCACCAGCUGCAGUGGCGCACUACUCAGCACAGAGCCUGCCGCAGCCGCCGCAGCGUGGCGCUGCGAUCGCUGCGGAAGACGGGAGGCGGCGCCACAGGUGGUCGCUCGGCGCGCUCAGCUGACCAAGACGGUACAGAGUGCGGAGCGCACCGUCCCCGGUCUGGAGGCGGCCAUGGAGUCUCUGGACCCGCGCUGCAGUCAGAGGGCGGAGGUGGCGUACGCCCUGGUACAGCUGUACGGUACCGCUGACGGGUACACGUGGAAAGAGCUGUCGGCUGAUCAGCUGCGCAGGAAGCAGCAGCUGUGCGAGCAGCUGCUGCAGCUGGCCAGCUGCCUCACACCCGGACAAAGCCGCUUCAGAGGCGUGCUGCUGCUGGAGCUCUGCCGCACGCAGAGACAUCUACUGGCCAGCAGAGGAAGCUCCAAUGCAGAUGAAUGGGACAAGGUUGAGGGCCUUCUCAAAGAAGCUUCUACCAUUCUACAGCACGAGCCUGGUUGGACGGAAGAGCUUCUUGGAGAGGAGAAACUGCUGAAGACGGUCCAUGAGUCAUGCAGCCAGAAAAAUCAGCCCGAAAAGAAUCAAAACAAGAAAAAAAGCAAAGCGAAAAGAAAGAAGUGAUUAUUUUAAACUGUGACCGUUUCGCUUGGCCGAGUUCAUGGACAUUCAAAUAUAACAUUGCGUUUUAUUUCUUGGGUGUUUUAUGUCUAUUCGCUCUAUCUAAAGUUUAAACCAUUUUUAAGGCCGUUAGGCGAGACUAGGUCGUGUGGUCUCCUGAUGGCCAAAAAAGAACCCUGAAUAUCAUGUUGCGUGAUUGAUUUCAUAGAGCUGGCACAAAGUCAUGGUUGGUUGAAAGCCGAACGUCCCAAUAAAUAAAUUGACAACACUCUCUUGUGAUGAAACCCACCUGCCUGCAAUUCAGUAGCGCGCAUUGUUUCGCCCUGUGCAAUGUCGUCUGGCAACGCCUAAUAAGGUUCCGGCGUAGGUAUUUCGUGUACUUGGUGAUCUCAGAAGAUCUACCUACACAAAAUACGGUUUUAUUUUUCAAGAUAAUACAAUUUACGCCAAUAGCUGCCGUCCUAAUAAGCAACACGUUAAAUCGUAUUACCCCUUUUGACAAGAAAGAUGAAAGCUCUUACGAAAACUAAGUGGAUUAGUCUAGUCACAUUCAUGGCACAAGAAGUGGAUGCUGAGUGAUAUGUGAUGGAUGCAAUAAACUGAAUAAAAAAUUG